UUUGUCAACAUGUUUGGAGCAACCGUCCUCCUACGAUAAGUAUCUUUAUUUCUUUCAUCUGGUUUCGCUAAGUUAUACGUCUGACGCGUCCUUGUGGCCCUCACGACGCGCUUAAGGCAUUUCUUGUCCUCGCCAUGUCCAUUCAUUUUGCUUUCGUGACUCUCGUAACUUCAGAUUCCUAUCUCCCAGGUGCACUCGCCAUUUCGGGUGCUUUAAAGGAUGUGCACCAGACUGAACCUCAUCAUGAUGAGGUCAAAUACGACACAGUGUGCAUGGCCACACCAGAAACCCUUGAUAUCACUACCAUCAAGCUGCUCAGAAAGACAUACGAUAUUGUCAUUGGUGUUGAGGUUAUAGGGCAGUCCGAUCCUACUGGGCUAAAUUUAAUGGGACGCCCAGACCUUGAUACGGUCCUGACCAAACUACACGUAUUCCGCCUCACGCAGUAUUCCAAGGUAAUAUUCCUUGAUGCGGAUGUUCUCCCAUUGCGCCCCCUGUCCCACCUAUUUCACCUUGACUACGAGUUCUCUGCGGUACCUGACGUAGGAUGGCCCGAUAUAUUCAACUCGGGUGUGAUGGUACUCUCUCCUAGUGAAGAUAAAUUCACGGAGCUUCAAGAGCUUCUGAAAACAAAUGGAAGUUGGGACGGUGGCGAUCAAGGUAUUUUAAAUGAGUGGAGGGGAAGCAACUGGAAUAGGCUUAGCUUCACAUACAACACGACUCCUACUGCUGCUUAUACGUAUGCUCCUGCGUAUGAGCGGUUCGGUUCCCAGAUAUCAGCGGUCCAUUUCAUCGGACCUAAUAAGCCCUGGCACUCCAUUCCUUAUCGUGCCCCAGGAUCCUCCACCCAAGUACCAUCAUCUCAGAUGGAACAGCAGUCUACAGUGUCAGAGCCAGCAAAGCAACCUCAACAAGCCUACGACUAUGGUUCGCUUGUCGAUCGGUGGUACAGUGUUUAUGACAAGCACUAUCGAUCAAAACCCAUCUCACCGGAUCUCGGGGUUCCUGUCAGCAAAUAUGUUUCUGCAUGGGAAGACGAGGAGAAUUCCCGUGCGGCGGUAGAGUCUGCGGGAGCACCAGGUGGCAGUCCACUUGGUUUCGACGUCUUACGUCGUUUGGCCCUUCAGGGCAUGAGCGCAAUGGGCUUCUUGUCUGGUGAUCGAUCGAAAGGAGAGGGCGAGUACAGGAGCAUGCCCCUUGAGGGGCGUUUGGAUCUUAUGAGACCACGCCCCGCAAAGCAGAUGAAACCUGAGGAUCAUGAUCUUCGCCAGACUGCCCCUGAGCCUCCUGAUUCAAAUCUCAGCGAGGCAGUCGCCGAACCCACAACACCUGUUCGACAGAUAGGUUCACUAUCAUUGGAUUCACCUGUAAGAUGGACUACGUUGCCAACUCCGAAUGUCGAUGAGGUGCCUCCUGCGCCACAAUCGCGCCUGUUAUCUCUCCCUCCGACACCUCUCCACUUUGUCCCCUCAUCCUCCAAGCCAGUUGUGCGCUUGAAUCAACCAAAGUCGCCCCUUUCGUUGCAAGAACGAAGGAUCGAGCGAUUGCGCUCUACUUCCCCACCCCUUCUCUCAUGGAAUGCUGCGAUCGAAGCGCCGCCAAAAACCAUAUCUACUCCCUCUGCACUCCCAAGAGACACCUAUUUCCCGAAUGUCUGGGACGAUUCUCCCUGUAGAAACAAAGAUCCUGGAUCAUCAUCACGGUCGUCCUCGAGCAUGUCGUCUGAGACAGAUGCAACGAGUACCGAAGUUCAGGGAGACCCAUCGCCCCAAACACUCUUCAGCCCACCACCUGUACCUGAUAUUCCUCAGAUGCUACUUCAGCUGGGGCACUACCGCAAUGUCACUGGGCCUACUACUGAGAGUGGCACUACGCCGCCCACCCCUGACCGCACCAAGGUCAAGCGUGUCUUCCCUUGGGAGGAGCGCCCUCGUGUUACUCCUACACGUGUAUUCCCAGAGGGCGAGCCCCGCCCACAAGGGUCGAUGUUCUUUCAGUCCCUGCCUCGUCCCGCGCUUCCAUCUACUCCUGAGCGCAAGUUGAGCAGGGAGUUUGGAGCGCACCAGCCAAUGCCUUCACCAUUAGCAGGUUUCCCAUCAUUGACAUCUGGAAACAUAUGGGAUGCCGUUCCUGGCAUCCAAAAGUUUACUUCGAAGCUUGCACGCCCUCUAGGGCCCACUCCUUUAGCAACCGCAUUCGAAAACCCGAAGAGACCCUGGGAGGAGACGUCGGAAGCUAGCAGUCACGAUGGUGAUGUAGAGGAUGAGGUGGACUCCGAUGAGGAAGGCAGGCGAACAGUGACAGAGGUACGAUCUUGCAGUUCUAGCAUCGAAACCGCAAGGAAGACAUACCGAUCAUUUGGAGUGCAGACGCACACGAAGGAAAUGCGCACUCAGAGUGUGCAGGUUUCUUCGGAAGAGGAUGUCGCUGUAAAGCGGCCGUUGAAAGCGCGCACGCGUAGCGGAUCUAUGAAGAAGCAUUGGCAACCUUCAUCAAGCCUGAAGGUGUUGCCACCCGUGAUGAAUGUUGCUGCGGGUGCUGAACAAACCGGCUUGAUGUCCCCUGCUGUUUCGCAGGUGUCAACGCCGCGAUCUUCCGUUUCUUCAGCUAUGAUGGAUUCUCGGGAGACCCUUUUACCUCCGCAGGCGCCUGGCGAAAUGACGCCAAGGGCAGAGAGGAGUACGACUCCGAGUCCACUGUCGUCCCCUUCUCGACUGUCUUCCAAUGAAUCCCCGUCUUCAUCGUCUCUAGGACCUGCAUUGUCAGCCAAAGAGCGGUCUCCUAGUACUCCCUCUCGAGCAUCUCGUGUCUGGGAUCCUGCUCGAGGAGUGGAACUCUUCAAACGUGGCUCAGAAGAGGUACUUGCUCGGUUCCUGAAGAUCAGCUCACGAGAGGAUCCCACACGUCGGAUUUAACGAGUUCUAAGUAUUACGUAUCUGUUACGAGCUUCCCUUUCCAUGUUCUAGUGAUUGCAGACAGAAUUUCUCCUUUUUUUUCCUUUCCUCCUGUACGAUUAUGUGAAGUGCAUUUGCAUGUAUAUACCCGCAACCAUUCUCGCAACGAACUUUCAUUUUUCUUUCUUUCUUCAUUAUGGUUAUUCUUGCCACGUUAUGUUCAUAUUCGGCACCCCCCCAACCCAAGUGCGACGAGAGCUCAAAUUUCAUUACUAUAGUCUAAACAGAAUUAGC